AUGAAGCAAUCGACGUGUUUGACCUGUGAAGAGACUUUUCAAUCGGAGGCUCUUCUGAAGCACCGCGCCAUACAUGUCGAAACAGAAGCCUCGUACAGAUGCCAGGAGCCUCAAUGCCAAUUUCGUUCUCCACAGCGCAAGCAUCUGAUGAGCCAUUACCUUCAGGUACACGGCGACAUCCGGUUGCUAUGGUGUCCCUUUUGCCCAUACACAGAGACGGUCCGAACGGCGCGCAAUACGAGGAAAGUCGCCAACUUUAUCAAGCAUUGCCGAACGCACGCCACAGGUGACACCGAUGCGCGAUGUCCCAAGUGCGCAUACCAAUUCGGGACACAAGCGGAGGUUCAGAAGCAUCUGAGAAAGGACCACGGAAGAGUUGCGCUCAGCCCAGGGUGUCUGAAGAAGUUGACCAUGGAUGAAAAUGCAAACUCAAGCGCCCAGGCUGAAACUCAACCACUUAUUGCCAACGAAGCACCGCAAGCAGUUUGCUCCGUGCCCACGGCGACAACACUCCACAUCGAACGGGGCGGCCUGAAUAAAGGGGCGAUUAAGAGCGUGAAGCAGAUCUGCCAGUGUGGCUUCGCCACCUUUGAUGAAAUUCGGCUGGCGCACCACCGCAAAGAGUGCAACAAUGGAAAUGCCGUCAUGGCAAUCCCGCUUCCACCAAGACCAAUCAACGACCCUACGCUUACUCCAGACGAUCUUCAUGAAGCUACCGUAUUCGCCGUCCUCCAGCCCAAACAUCAAAAUCCACGUCCAGCCAAGCUGAAGGGCCACUACGACUCAGUAAACAUGAAGUUUGCUUUCUUUCUCGACGAGUUCAACGACGUGGAUGAGAAGAGCAUCGGCAAAACGGCGACCUUCCUGAGGCGCGUCCGCGAUGACGCAAUCGCCAAGGAUCUGAAGGCGUCCACGUCCACCAUGCAUGAAGCC